AUGGGACGCAGUGAGGUAGGUGACAGUGGAAUAGGAAGAAGUGAGGUAGAAGACAGUGGAAUAGGACGUAGUGAGGUAGGAGACAGUGAGAUAGGACGCAGUGAGGUAGGAGACAGUGAGAUAGGACGUAGUGAGGUAGGAGACAGUGGAGUAGGACGUAGUGAGGUAGAAGACAGUGGAAUAUUACGUAGUGAGGUAGGAGACAGUGGAAUAGGACGUAGUGAGGUAGGAGACAGUGCGAUAGGACGAAGUGAGGUAGGAGACAGUAAGAUAGGACGUAGUGAGAUAGGAGACAGUGGAGUAGGACGCAAUGAGGUAGAAGACUGUGGAAUAGGACGUAGUGAGGAAGACAGUGAGAUAGGACGUAGUGAGGUAGGAGACAGUAGAGUAGGACGUAGUGAGGUAGGAGACAGUGAGAUAGGACGUAGUGAGGUAGGAGACAGUGAGAUAGGACGUAGUGAGGUAGGAGACAGUGAGAUAGGACGCAGUGAGGUAGAAGACAGUGGAGUAGGACGUAGUGAGGUAGAAGACAGUGGAAUAGGACGUAGUGAGGUAGGAAACAAUGAGAUAGGACGUAGUGAGGUAGGAGACAGUGGAAUAGGACGUAGUGAGGUAGGAGACAGUGAGAUAGGACGCAGUGAGGUAGGAGACAGUGAGAUAGGACGUAGUGAGGUAGGAGACAGUGAGAUAGGACGCAGUGAGGUAGGAGACAGUGGAAUAGGACGUAGUGAGGUAAGAGACAGUGAGAUAGGACGUAGUGAGGUGGAAUAG